GAGAUGGGAGAGAGCAGUAGAAGCCGGUUGGCUGACAUUUUAAUGCGACUACUAGCACUGUUUAAAAAAAGCUUUCUACAGACUAAGUCAGUUUUCGUGUGAAGUGGUUCUGAUAAGAAAGAUGAGUAAAGAGUAGCGAGGAAAAAGAGGGCAGAGUUUUUUUCACUGAGCUCCAGGAAGUCCGAAACUCCUACGCUUGCAAAAAACGAAGAGGAAUAGUGAAUGAAAAAAAAAAUCUACCCGGUUAACCUUUGAACCGUCUUCCUUUGUCCUCACAAGAAGAAGUCACAAGACAAACUCCCGUAUAAUUUCACGAAUGACAGUCCUAACGGUAAGCAGGCGCUGAGAGUUUAGAUUAGAGUUUUUGGGGCUAAUUUGGUUUCAACGGGGAAACAACCAGUCCAAGGAGAGGAAGAGACUGCGGGAAGGUGCUUGGCCCAGAGGAGCUGAAAAGCGGGUGACACUACACGUUAAGAACAAAGCAAGAAGGAAGACACAUAUAUCAUGUCCUCUGUCUAUUUCAGUCCAGGGUCGGAUUCAGGUGUAAAUGGAAACAUUGCAAAAAUGGAGGAUGCUAAAGUGGAGAUUGACGAUGGAAAGGAUGAGAGUGUGGUACCAGACACUAUGUAUCACAAUAUCCGGAAGAAGAUAGCACCUUUUGUUAUGUCCUUUGGAUUUCGUAUAUUUGGAGUGAUAUUGAUCCUAGUGGACUUUGUGCUUGUCAUUGUGGACUUAUCCCUGCCAGCCAAGAGCAGAGAGGUUGGAGAUGCCUUAGAGGCCGUGUCCCUCACUAUCUCCUUCUUCUUUCUUGCUGACGUUCUCUUGCGGGUCUAUGUGGAAGGGUUCAAAGUUUACUUCAGCUCCAAGCUGAACAUCGUAGAUGCCUGUGUUGUGGUUAUCACGCUGGUGGUGACCAUGAUCUACACCUUCACUGACCUGUCAGGAGCCAAUCUCAUCCCCAGGGUGGUGACAUUUCUCCGUUUCCUGAGAAUAAUAAUCCUGGUGAGAGUUUUCAGACUGGCAGCUCAGAGGAAAGAGCUGGAGAAGGUCACCAGGAGGAUGGUUUCUGAGAACAAGCGGCGUUAUCAGAAGGAUGGAUUUGAUCUUGACCUUACCUAUGUCACAGACCGUGUCAUCGCCAUGUCUUUCCCCUCCUCCGGGAAGCAGUCAUUCUACAGGAAUCCAAUCAGGGAAGUGGCGAGAUUCCUGGACACUAAACACCAAGACCACUAUAAAGUUUACAACCUGUGCAGUGAGAAAGGCUACGACCCCCAGUUUUUCCACUACAAGGUUGAGCGGGUGUUUAUUGAUGACCACAACGUCCCCUCGUUGGAGGACAUGCUGAAAUACACCGCAAACGUGAGGGAGUGGAUGUCCGCUGAUCCCAAAAACAUCAUCGCUAUUCACUGUAAAGGAGGGAAAGGACGCACAGGUACUAUGGUGUGCACCUGGUUUAUUGACAGCGACCAGUUUGAGAGCGCACAGGACAGUCUGGAGUAUUUUGGUGAGAGGAGGACAGACAAGAGUCGGAGCUCCAAAUUUCAGGGAGUGGAGACUCCCUCUCAGAGCCGGUAUGUGGGGUACUACGAGAUCAUGAAGGACAAGUUCAAUAGACAGCUGCCUCCACCUCAAAGCCUCCGGAUCAAGAGCAUCCGCAUCCACUCCAUAGCAGGUGUGGGUAAAGGUGAUGGUAGUGAUCUCAAGGUGAAGAUAAUUAUGAAGAAAGAGCUGGUAUUUCAAUGUGUGUGUGCCAAACAGGAGAACUGUACACUGUUUCCGGAUGUGGGUGCUAAUGCAGCAGUCAUCAGCCUACAGAAUGGGCCUGUGGUCGAAGGGGAUGUGAAGGUCAUGUUUGAAUCAAGUGCAGGUCUUCCAAAAGGAUACGAAGAUGUUCCGUUCUAUUUCUGGUUCAAUACCUCCUUCAUAGAGGACAACAAGCUGUUUCUACCCAGAGAGGAGCUGGACAACCCACACAAACCAAAGACCUGGGACCUGUACAAGGAGGACUUUGGUGUCACUAUGUUCUUCUCAGAACCAUAAUAAAAGUCGUUUAGAAAGAUGAAGAGGAUCAAAUGGCUUGUUACAGUUGUGCUUUUAAUGGUGAGCAGAAAUCAGUAGAUUGAACACACUCAAGAAAUGAAUGAGAGUGCAGUGUUAAAAUUGAAGAGAGGCAUAAAAUGACUUAUGUUUAAAAUGUAUGAUCUAAAGGGCAGUAGAGUCCUCCACUGAGUCAAAUCAUGUGGACUGCAGUUUUGCUCUAAAGAGUCGUGUGGGACUCCAACUGAAAUUUAUAAUGGAGAUUUAGAGAUUACCAUUAAACAAUGUUAUGUCUUCCAGUGAA